AUGGACAAUAAGGUAAUUGAUCGAGUGGGCGAAUACAAAUUUUCCAACGGUCUUCAACAUUCCGAGAAGUCUUCAAUCAGAGAGGGGAUACAUUUGCAAACAGGCGUUAAGGUACGCCUGAAGACGAUUCGAGGACAAAACGUGGUCGAACACGAAAGAGACUGCCACCUCUCGAGGGAGGCAACAAUUCUAGCCCAUCUGUCCCAUCCCAACAUUAUUCACGUUUACCAAUUAAUAAAGCAUGCUGACCUCCAGAUCCUAGUCACGGAAUGGAUAGACGGUCUGGCAUUCGCCCAGUUCAUGGACCUAUUCAAAACUCGACGACUUCCAGAGGCAAUAGCACGCCUCUACUUUCGCCAAUUAACUUCUGCCAUCAUCGCGAUGCAGAGCCAGCACAUUCUUAUGAGGCAAGACUUUAACCACCUCGAACGUUUCCAGCCUUCAAUCAUCUGA